GUAUUGAGCCCAAGUCAAAAUGGAGGACUUUGAAUACAGCGUGGAGAUCUGUGACCGUGACUGGGAAUGCUUCUUUGCAGAAUGUGAGGAAUGUAAUCUGCUUCCUCCUUCAUUGGCAGGUGUGGAUGACUCGGGGAUGAGCGACAUUGACGAUACAGGAGCCGUUCUUGCUAAAAGGGCUCAGAGAGCCGAGCUAACAGCAGGCUUUUCAGAGGCUGACCGCCCUAUUGAUGGACCCCCACACUGCGAGGGUUCUCCUGUGGAUCAUUACCUCAGCAAACACAGCGUUGGUGGAAUGGAGAGCGUCCUCUCGGGCAGCGAGGAGGACUUACACCUGCAGUCUGUCAAUAUUUUCUUUGAAAGGCUGAAAAGUUUCACAGAGGCUGAGCAGCCCUCAGAGCUAAGCCAAGAGAGAAAUGGAAAAAACAGAGAGGCAAUACAAGAGGAGCACCGGUGUAGUGAUGGGCAGAGUGCCAGUGGAAGUGCUUUGCCAGAAAACAUCCCCAAGUUAAACUUUCUGCCUGCCAGGGGUGAAGCAGCAGUUGGCAGUGAGACGUCGAAGCCUCUCGACACCAUCAGGAGCAUAAAUACAAUGGAAAAAGUCGAGGCUGAGUCCAACGUUUCUCCAAAACCUGCAGCCAAUAACUCAGAGCUCAGGACUAACAAAUCAGCUGCAAUAGAGUUAUUCAUCAGAGAUGAAGCCUGCACAGAAACCAGAGUAAAUGAGGUAAUACAUCAGUCUCAUGACUCACCAGGCAGGGUCGUCUGCUCAGAAACAGCACACACUCACAGUGAGGAAACGUGUGCGCCUCUGGAUGACGUAAAGCAGCAAGUUCUGCUGGCACCUCUCAGUGUAGAUAAUAUUAAAUGGGGGGAAGACCAAACCUUUAAUGUGUUACAGUCAGAUGGAGCAAGUACAAACAAAACAGUGAGCCAAGAAUCAUCCCCGUCUGCCUCUAUCAAAAGAAAAAGGAGAAAGAAGAGGCGGCUCAGUGUGGAGCAGGGUGAGGGGGGGAUUGGAUCUGAGAGGCAGGUUUCAUUAAAGCAGAGUGAUUCAGAAGAGGAGCGGUAUGCUUUAAGACGAGGAACAGGUCUGUGCUUAUCUGAGGAUUUUAAUCCAUUUUAUGUAAAUGAACCGCACAAAAACCCUCUCAGUCCUUAUUCAGUCACCAGCAGUUCCCCAGUGGGUAUAUAUGCUCAGGAUGUAAAAGGAAAUGAUCUUUUUCACUCUUCUUCUCUAUGUGACAGCGUAGUUAGACAGAAAAGGUGUACAGCAACAGGCUCUGCUGAAAAUAUAUCAACUAACAAUAGGUCGGUAUCCCCGCUGAGUCAAACUGAUCACAAUUUGAUUUCUGUGCCAAACAGCAGUGCUAAUGUAGCAAGAAAUUUACAGCCUCACAGCAAGUUACAGGUAGAAGAAUUGGCAGGACUGAAUACAUAUCCUGGAAUCCCAGUUUCAAUUAGUGAAGGAGUAACUGCGUCAGAUGUAACCAGAGAAAGUCAAAGACAGAACGUCAAAGCAGGGGCUGUCCAGCAGCCUGAUGAAAUGAGACAUUCUGUCAGUGGCUGUGAAAAUGAUCUAAAUCUAAAAUGUUCUCCAGCAGAGGUCGAAUCAGGAGCUCACAGUCUGUUAUCGUGUGUAGAGUCAAAUGCUCCUGCUGUGGAAGUCAGCCAAAAUGACAAACUAUCUGCUGCUAUGUCAGUCCUGGCCAGAGAAGCUGGAAAUUCUGGCAGGGACGAGCACACACUGUGUCAAAAGGAGGCUGAGCCCCAACAACAGCUGGAAACUGACUGUCACAACACAGACCAAUAUAGCACCCCACUGGAAAAGACUCAGUUUUCUGUGUCUGCAACUGCUGGGAUUAUUUCUCACGCUCUGAACACAAAACCUCAGCAGUUCAAAGCCGAAGCGUGUCCAUUCCAAGAUGACAUUUCCAGUGAAGUGACCUGCACUAAUUUGACUUCAGAUUGUAUUCAUGCACUGUCAGAUAAAAGCUGUUUGUCUAAAAGUCCGUCCAGCUUAGAAAUAGAUAAUACUGUAGCGCAAACAGAAGUUCAAACUUUGUCUAAAUUUGAUAUUUUACCAGAGAAAAACUCAAAAGCUGAGAGAACUCAAUCAGCAGCAUCACAAAUGAGGGUUUUAGCAAGUAAUGAUCAGACGGAAACCACAUUCUCCCCGUCUGAAGACUUACCAACAAGUCCUUCAGAUGUCACGCAUGUGUCGUCCUGUUGUACUCUGGAUACAGAAUCUCUCAUGUCACUCUCAAAUGAAGGUUUCACCGACAUGUCUGCAAGUUCUUGUUCAUCUGUCAGCGAGCACGAUUCUGAAUGUCGAGGAGAAAAGAAAGCACUAAUCUUGGCGAAGCACAUGGAAGAAGAUGCUACAUCUGAACCCAGAAGUAAACCAGGAUCAGAGUGCGACCUGUUGGCUGGAAGAGUAGAUGCCGUCACAGCGUCCAAAGCUGAAUGUAAACCUGAAAAGGAAGUACACUCAGUGUUUGCCAUGUCUUCUUUUUGGAGUGAGAUGGAAAAGCUGACGAUAAAUGACAUUUUGGGUUUACGAAUGAGCAGCAAGAAGAGAGCCCUCCCACCUCUGCAGGAAAGUGAGGAAAGUAAUAUGUUUGCGAUGACGGACUCCGGCUUUUUUACGCCACUGGAUGAUUUCAAGCCCGAGCAAAGCAACGAGGACACAUCCAGUGUUCUUGGUUCUGUAGGACCAAGUUUACAUUCUUCCCCUUUGAAUAGUGUGAUGUGGGAGAGUGAACCUGUCCCGGUGAGGCGAGGUGCAGAUAUUUACCCAGAAAAUAUGAUGUUGACAUCUAUGGCUGACACUUCCCAAGCUGUCAUCUCUGAAAGAACUCAAACGGGCGUCAGAAAGAUUUACAAAAAUGUCAGUGUGCAAAAUUUACACGCCCUGGAAUCUGAGUCUUUCAGCUACAGACAGAAAGGUGACACUUUACAAACCUUAGAUGAAGGAGAAUCGGAGCAUUUCACUGAGGGAUUUGUGCCUAAGCAAGAAAGAGACGCUGCCUCCUUGUCAGACACAUACCACGUCUCUCUCACAGAUAUAUUUCAGUACUUCUUUGGAGGAAAACAGUCUGUUCCCAGCCAGUCAGCUACAGAUAACAUAACCGCCUUCUACACUGAUGGAGAUUCUGUCCCUGAAACAUAUGAUCACUUUUUUUCAGAGUUUGAUACAGAAACAUUCUUCUACCCUCUCAUCACAGAUGAAGAUAAGGCCACAGACAAACCAGUUCCCAUCUUUUCCUACUCUCGCUCAGCUAAUAGAAAUCUGCAGUACCCAGAGGCUUAUGAUUAUUUCUUUGCAUCAUCAUCGUCUGAUGAUUCCUCUGUGGAAUCUGAUGAUGAAGAGAACAGCAAACCUGUUAGGGUGGUAUCCAGAUUCAGCCAUAAUGCAAGCUCAGCACCAAUUUCAACGGACAUAUAUGAGAAUUUUUUCACAGAUAACGACGUCAGACAGAAUUUCUUCUGGAAAACGACACUCUCCUUCAGGAGCCUUAAUUUUACAGCAUCUACAGGCCAGAUGUCGACAUCAAAUUCUCUGUCUCCUGUACCUGUGAAGCCAAGUAGCAGAUCCCUUCCAAGGACUGUUUCUCCACUUAAUGCACUGGGAAAUCAAGAUGUGGCAAUUCCAGAUCCACUGCUGUAUCACUUGGAGGAAAGGAUCUCCAGACAGCUGACGCAUCGGCCUUUCAGAUACGAAGAUUUGCAAACGACCGUUUCAAAUCCAAGGUUGGAUGCCUCACUGCUGCCCCUUAAACAGUCAGAUAUGUGUCUGGUUUGUAUUGCAUUUGCUUCAUGGGUGCUGAAGACUGCAAAUCCACAGGUUGGAGAUGCCUGGAAGGCUGUUCUGCUGGCGAAUGUAAGCGCUCUGUCAGCCAUCCGAUACCUGCGAAAGUACGUCAAAGUGAAGGCAGCAGCCGGUGAGACGAAACCGCAUCAAGCUACACUGACUGAUUCUUGAUCAGAUUCCUUCUGGCUCUGAAUACGUCAUGAUUGAAAUGAUUCAUUUUUCCAUGAAGACCUGAAGUGAGCUGUUGCAGGACCUGAGUGCUUGAGAAAUUUCGAUGGGUUGUUACAUGUUUAGUUUCAUUCAUCCUAAUAGUUGUUUUAUUCUUGUUCAUGAGCAAGGACCAUCAAUCAAUCAGAUGUGCAAGAUUGUUUUUAAAUGAGAAGUAAGAUAAGCGACCUGCAGUACGGAAAGGCUUAGAUGAGGAUCAGUGGCAGUUCCUGAGCUGACAGACCCCCAGCAGAAAAGGAAAGAGUCAGAAGUAGAGGGAUGGAAGGUGGGGCAUGGCAAGAACAAACAGGUGUGUAGGGUAGGUAGGCAUUUAUAGGCAUAUGGCAAGAAGGGUAGAGUUAGAGGUGUGGUCCUUCUCCUAAACUUCAGAUAAAGAUGUUACCUCUAAAUUCUUAUAAUUUGACCCCUUAAACAUCUGAAAGCAUACAUAUAAAAAUAUAAAAUGACCAAAGUCAAGAUGAGACACGUUUAGGUGAAAGACGGCUUUCGAGAUCUGUAAAUAAUGUAUAAGUAUGUACUGAAGAGAGACUAGAGGCAGCUUUACUCAGAGCUGUACAGACUUGAGAUGAUAGAUGGGCGUGUGAUAAAUGGAUUAACUUGAGGCACGUGCAGGAUGUAAUUUUAUGUUGCAGAUGCUUAUAUGCGCAGUUUCUUUCUGACAAUUAUUUCACAAAUGUAUUGCACAGGUGCAAUAUUUAGCACUGCAAUUCAACAACACUCCCUUAAAAACAUGUAACUUAUUUUGGGGACAGCAUGCUGUGCCAGUAUCGGUUGUAUAUUAUGUUCAGGGCAUUUUAUUGUCAUGAUGGGUCAGUUAUAGAUGACUGUUCAGUAUUGUCAUGUGGGUUACACUGAGUUCUUUGUCUGUCAAUUUAACUACAGUAAACUGUCUCUUUGAA